AUGUCCGCUUUGUCGUCCUCAUCGACCGGGGACACCCAGGUCCCAGCGACCCCCGAUACCCAGGCCAGGAGCGAACACGCUCCCGAGCUCGUGUCACUCUUCCAGGCUCAGAGCGCGACCUCUUCCCAGGGUGCUUCCCAGGGCAAUGGGGCUCGUGAUAUGCUCAAAGCAGGCCAGCGCCGGCUCCGACAGCUGGCCAUUCGUCAGAAGAAACCAAAGGACCCCCAGACUAAGGCCGAACAAACUUCCCUCCAGCUACUAGCCCUCGAGCAGGAAGGCUUCCUCCCCGUACGAAGACCGCCCCCGAAGAAAACGGGCCCGAAGUCGAGCAUCGAUUCGACCCUGUCCAGCACGCGUUCGGCGUCCUCCUUGAGUUUCAGAUCAAGUUCCCGACGAGACGUGGAGAGCAUCGGUCAGCCGUGGCUGGUGGAUCCGCUCGAGCGGUGUGACAACUUGAGUUCCAGAGCUCAACUAUCAUCGCUGGAUUUUCGUGAUUUGACAAGCUUGGUGGAAGCGGCCAUGACCUCUUCCCAUCCCCACAACGGAGGAGGUCCCUCCCCUGAUCGUCUGACGGUUGAGCAGAAUUGGUCACGAAGAAGCAGCGGUCAAGGCUUAGUUGAUCAAACUCGCGGUACGAACAGCGUAUCUGAUUCGGCUCGAGUUAGUAGGGAGACGGAUCGUAUUGAGGCCCUGCCGGCAAUCCCUAAAACCCCGGACCUGGCCAAACCAGGGAGCCCAACCUCUUCAACCGGAGACACUACAAACAUGGAGCACCAGCAAAAUACACAGCCAGCAGAUCCCGAAGCCACGCCGGACACACCAGCUGACAAGACCCCCACAUCGAACUCGCCGACACCACCCCCAUCUGCUCCUGGACACACGUUGAAGCUAUUCCCGGACACGCUGCCCCCUCGUGUCUCGAGUAAAGGUGCCUGGCGCUUAUCUCCGCCUCCAAACCGACCGCUACCUACGAGCCCCGAGCCACGACAAAGCCAGGACUCCAACAUAACGAAUCGUUCGAGCACUUCAAGCUCAAGAAUCCUCAAUCCGUUGCGACGAAGUCGACAGGGCUCUCAGGGUGCGGAUCAAGCACCAAUGGCUCGACUGACGAAACCACCUCGAAACGCCCCUGCAAGUCCUGUCUAUGACAGAUUCCCAGAAGCUAGGAGCGGCCGUCGGCGGUCUUCCUUGCCGAUGGGUACGCUCAACGCGUUUCCUCUACCCGCUCCCAUGCGGCCGCUUCCUUCGCUCCCGGAGCCCGGUCUCAUACCCCAAGCCGACCGGACCUCUAAUACCCAAUCCCACAAGAGGGAAUCGGACGCCGACACCGAAUCCUCGAACCGAAAGCCAGCAUCCGCUCCUUCCGAGGAUGGAACCAUCAUCCUUCAAGAUAAGAACAUGCCGUCGCAGCCAUCUUCCCCCACAAUGCUGAACGAUAAGGAUUCGGCAUCCGGGGCCAAAGACAAAUCUCACCCGGCCACUUCAGGUGGUCCCCUUGCCAGGAGCGAACAGAGUCGUGCCGAUAGAGUACGUGCUCUCAGGCUGAAGGACCUGUCAACAAGUCGUAUGUACCUGCGGGGUUCAGAACAAGCGCCACACGAGCACCGGCAGCUUGAGCUGGACCAGAGACUUCCCCAGACCAACAUUGAUGCAGACUCUCCAGGGAACAUGGAGGACCGUGCCAAUAACGACGCGCGAUACCGAAGAACGAUUACAUCAGGCCCUCUUUCACCGCCUCCUUUGUCUCCUAUACUAUCGCGUCAGUCCCAGCGCCCAGUGAAUGGCAAGGAACCAAACAGCGGCAUGCCCCCAACGCCACUAGAGGAGGACAUUCCGUUGGGAGCCUUUCCCGUCCCCGGGGGUCCCGUCGGAGCAGCAGCACGCGCAGCCCACCGCUGCGAAACCGCACUCCCGUCAUCCGACGAGGAGCUCAUACACUCGAGCCCCCAUCAACACCAGUCGCAGCCGAUACCCAGCCAACACCGACGAGUCAAACAAACCUCCGUCAUGGGAGAUCCGGCAUUGCACAAGGCACGCCACACGAAGAAGAAGCCGGAGUACUCUCGGCCGCUGACCCCACGAGACCACCACAGCUACCAGCACGAGAGGGUAUGCCCAGACUCGCGGAGUUCCCAAAGCAGUUUCUACUCGCAAGACCCACGAGGCAGCCCCCAGUUACCCGAGUACGUGCUCGCUUUGGAGAAGCGCAUUGCGCAGCUUACGCACCAGAACAAAGCUCUCCAGGCUGCCCUUCUCGCUGCCCUGGACAUGAACAACAAGCAAGGCCUGGACGGUCUGCUCGGUGGCUCGGAGACGUCACUGGGCACGUCCGCCACAGCGUGGUCAUUCUCAUCUGCCACCAAUACCUCGUCAGGGUACGAUGAGCCUCCGCUGCCGCCGCCACGCCACCCGAAGAGGGGACUUGCGCGGCAGCAGACCUAUCGCCCGCAGAGCUGGAUCGCAAGCCCAGAUUCCAGCCGACCGAGUAGCUGUGAGAGCGCGAACAGCGCGAAUGUUAGGGAUGUGGAAGAUAUGCUAGAGGGGUUUGACUUUAGCUGGAGGUCAGACAAACCAGCUAUCUAG